AACUUUAACAAGAUGUGCCCUCAAAAAUUGUGCAGUACAGUAGUCAAGCUCAAAGCUGUAGGAUCAUUAAGUGAAAGAAAAAAAAUGGUUCAUACAAGUGCAAAAGAACUCGAAAACAGUGAUAAAAAAUGCGAUUUUGAGACUGCAAUAUCAGCCACAGGAUUCGGCAGGUUCAACUAUCUUCUAGCUGCUUUGGGCAGUUUUUGGAAUUCACUUAGUAUCAUCGAAACUACAACAUUUUCCUUCGUCCUUCCUGUUGCACAAUGUGACGCUCACCUAAAUACAAAUCAGAUGAGUCUCCUGAACUCUGUUGUCUAUCUAGGUAUGAUCGUCGGAUCGAUUUUAUGGGGAUUUCUCUCGGACAUUUUUGGACGUAGAAAUUUUCUUGCUGCAAAUUUUUUUGGAAUAGGAUUUAUUAAUGUUGCUCUUGGAUUCAGCAAUACUUUUGAAUCUCUUAUGGCAUUUAAAUUUCUUAGUGGAUUCAUUGUGUCUGGUCCAUUGACAAUUGCAGGCUCAUACAUCAGCGAAAUGCAUGGAGUUCGAAAUAGAGUGAAAAUCCUUCUAUUUACAUUCAUAUUUUUUGCUGCUGGCAAUUUUAUCACAUCUCUUUUGGGUAUACUUUUCCUAACACGCCACAUGGAAGUGGAAUUUCAGGCAAUGACGUUGCAUUCGUGGCAACUUUUGUUCCUGGCUCUGGCUCUAUUGGAUUUCGUGGGCGGUAUUUUGACUUGUCUGAUGCCAGAAAGUCCAAAGUUUCUCAUGUCUCGCGGGAGAUGUGAAGAAGCUAUGCAAGUUCUUAAGACUAUCUACAAAAUAAACAUGGGCAAACAUCCAGACACAUUUCCAAUAAAGAUCUUAGCUGAUGAGAGAGAAAGUUCUCAUGAUUUGAAGGCGAUAGGUCAUGAAUCCGUAGUGAAUGGAUCAAAUUUUAAUACAUGUACCAUCAUUGGAGACAAACUCAAGAAAGCUUUCACCCAAAUGGCACCAAUGUUUAAACCCCCUCAUCUUUCAAAAUGCCUUCUUGCCUUCAGCAUAGAACUAUGCUUGCUCUUUGGGAUGAACUCCUUUCGACUGUGGAUGCCACAAAUAUUCUCACUCAUAGGAGAUAGUGAAAACGAUACAGAAUUUGAUAUUUGCCACAAAAUUCAGUCAAAUAGUACACAUGUAAAAAUAAGUGACAUCACCCACAACGAUGAUUGUUCCUCUUCAAGGAUUCAUUCACCAAACACUUUUUAUAAUGCUAUGAUUGUUCAAAGCGUUGGAAUAAUUGGAACAACAAUGGUUUGCUGUUUUAUCAGAGUGAUUCGCAAUAAACUUAUGCUGAUUUGCACAACAAUUAUACCAGCAAUUGCUGCAAUUGCUAUUUACUUUUCGAUCAACCCUAUCAUGGUUGUCGUAUCAUACAGUUUGGCUGUGGGAAUUAGCUUGACUGCCCAGGCUAUACUCAGCAGCAUCUUAGCUAAUAUUGUGCCAACAGCCUUCCGUUCAACUGUCCUUGCAAUUUCACUCACAUUUGGACGAAUAGGUUCAAUGCUAGGAGUUUACUUCUUCCCCAUGCUUAUAGAUCAUGCAUGUUGGACGCCCUUUGUGUCAAUUGGGGUGAUCCUCUUUGUCUGUAGCUUCUUGUGCAUGUUUCUACCCAGAUCUACAAAACAAACCCUUCUGUGAAAAUUUAUAGGUGUUCAGACCUGAAAAUGAGAAAGUUAAGGAAACUUUGAGGAAAUAUAUAAAAGAUUAUUUAAAAAUUGUACAAGUACUAACAAAACAUACAUUCAAUUUAGAACACUUAGAAUAUAGAACGACAAAAAUCCACCUAACAUGCACUUUUUCCCAUCCAAAUUUCCCACAUCGCACUACACAAUUCAACUUAAGUGUAAAAGAUUGUAAUUAUGUGAAAUAAAUUAUUCGUCAUUGAUACUUGGUCACAGAAGAAGAAA